AUGGCGAGAUUGACUAUUACCGGCUUUGAAGGCCGUCAAAUCACAGUUCCGACCGGGCUAUUUAUCAACAAUGAAUUUGUACCUUCGUCCACAGGCCAAACCCUUCAAGUAGAGAACCCAUCAACGGGAGACAAACUUGGAACUAUCUCUGCUGCUAGUUCAGAAGAUAUUGACAACGCUGUUACAUGCGCCAAGGCCAGUUUUAAUGCAUGGAGAGCAGUUCCUGGACAUGUCAAGGCUCAACUCCUCCUUAAGCUUGCAGACUUGAUCCAGCGCGAUGCCAAGGAUCUUGCAUCAUUGGAGGCUGUGGAUGCUGGUGUUCUGUAUACCGACUCGAUCGGAAUGAACAUCCCUCAGGCAGUCGGCUGUCUUCGAUACUAUGCAGGCUGGGCAGACAAGAUUGAUGGGAAAACGCUCGAACUGGACGGUGGCAUCGCUUAUACUCAUCGUGAACCCUUGGGUGUUUGUGGUGCCAUUGUGCCUUGGAAUGCUCCACUAAUGAUUACUAUCUGGAAACUUGCCCCUGCCUUGGUGACUGGCAACGUUUUGAUUAUCAAAUCCUCCGAGCUAUCUCCUCUUUAUGCUUUGAAGCUUGCGGAGCUGGUGAAGGAAGCUGGUAUUCCUGCCGGCGUCGUGAACAUUGUCACUGGUGAAGGAGCCAGCGCAGGCCAAGCGCUCUCAGAGCAUAUGGAGGUGCGCAAGAUCGCUUUCACCGGUAGUACUCUUGCAGGACGUAAGAUUAUGCAAGCGGCAUCCCGAACCAAUCUGAAAAAGGUCAGUCUGGAACUCGGUGGCAAGGGACCCUCAAUUGUCUUCGACGACUGUGAUCUGGAGAACGCACUGCUCUGGACCCGCAUUGGAAUCACAGCAAACAACGGACAAAUCUGUGCGGCUGGUUCGCGUAUCUAUGUUCAGGCUUCAAUUUAUGACCGAUUUAUCGAGGCCUAUAAGAAAGCUUCCACCAAUGCCCCGACCAUUGUUGGCAAUCCAUUGGAUGCUUCAACUACCAAGGGCCCUGUGGUCAGCAACGUUCAGCACCAAAAGAUCCUUGACUUCAUUCGUCAAGGCAAAGAGUCUGGAGCUAGACUCUUGUUUGGUGGUGAUCGAAUUGGCGACAAGGGAUAUUUUGUUGAAAACACUGCAUUUGCAGACGUUGGCGACAAUGCCACGAUUAUGCGUGAAGAAAUCUUCGGACCUGUUGCAAGCAUCGCCAAAUUUGAUACCGAAGACGAAGUUAUCUACAAGGCCAAUGACUCCCAUCACGGACUCAGUGCUGCCAUCUUCACCAACGACAUUAGUCGCGCGCAUCGCGUAACACGGGCCAUCGAAUCAGGCCAGGUUACUGUCAACGCCUGGGCAAUGUUGAGCCCCAAUGUCCCAUUCGGCGGGGUCAAGGAAAGCGGAUUUGGUCGUGAUAUGGGCGAAGAGGCCUUGGAGAGUUGGACUAGUGUGAAGGCUGUCAAGUACCACAUUCUUCCCAAGCUGUGA